UGCGGGGGUCCCUGUACGGCUAAUUGCUCGCAUAGUUUUUCUCUUCCCAUUCCAAUCCCCAAUCCAUCAGUUCCAGAUCUGAGAUCUGCGAGCCGGUCAUCCUCCUCCGCCACCGCCGACCCCGAUCCGAUCUCUACCGAGGAUUUGCUUGAUCUGAGGAUUUCCCAUGGCGUGCCUCGCCAUAUCCCUGCAGCCUGCGAAUGGCCCCGACAUCCUCCUCCAAACCCGCGAGUGGUUCCCUCCCGCCCGUGCUCUGGCUGCCCUCUCCGCCUUCCGCCAGGCUCGCUUCUCCCUCUCGUCCACCGCUGGCCCCGCCCGUGGCCAUCCCCCUUCCUCAUCCUCCGCCACCGCCGCGGCCACCUCACUUUCCUCCUCUACCGAUGACCUUGACUCCUCUCUGGGCGACGACCCCCUCGCAGCCUCCGGCGGCCAGCUCGUCGUUGGUGUCGAGAGCAAGUACCGCGUUGUCUAUCGCCUCGUCAACUCCGUAUAUGUCCUCGGCAUCACCACCGCUGACCACCACUCCAACCUCUUUGAGUGCAUCAACACCGUCAACCAGGCCGUCUCCGUCGUCGUCGCUGCUUGUCGCGGCGUCGACGUCACCCCCGAGAAGCUUCACCGCAAGUACCCUGAGGUGUACAUGGCCCUAGACAUCCUUCUCCGCGGCGUUGGAAGCGUCCGUCUCGCUUACAUCCUCUCCUCCAUCCAUGGCGACAACAUCGCCAAGAUGGUCCAUACCGCCGUCGAGGCAGAUAACCGCGUCCGUGGCGCUGAUUCUUGGGCUGGCGGUGCGGAGUCUCUCUCUACCGAGCGUCGUGCCAACCUCGACGCUUUUUCUUCUGCCUCUUUCGAGCUCCCCACCGAGACCAUUGCUGCUGGUGACGAGGUCGCCGCCACCAUCGCCCCUGCCGUUCCCUCUCUACCGGAGGAUCAGAAGGACCAGCCGGAGGAGGCCACUCCAGAGCAGAAGGACCCCUUCGCGGCUAGCGAUCGCGUCGAUAAACCCGACGAGGCCCUCGUCGGAGGCUUCAAGAAGAACAAAGAUCUGGCCGCCAGCACCGCGGAUCCAACUCUCGCCCUUGCAGGCCUCGAGGUCACGGCGCUUCCUCCGGCCGAAGCCACGAAGCCCACGUUCAUCGGCGUGGAAGGAUUUGAAGGCGAAUACGGAGGGAUAGAGUUUGGCAACGAGGAGGCCUCCCUUUCGGAAGCGUUCGAAGGAAUCGAAGGGAACACCCCCUUCGGCGGCGGGCUUGACGCCUCAGAGUUCAUCACAACCACAAAGAAGAAACCCCAAACCGAGGGUCUCACAGGUCUCGAACUGCUCGCCACCGGUGCGAGCCCUGCAGCUGCCACCGCUGCCGCAGCAGGAGCCGGCACGCCACUCGAGAAUCUAUUGGUAACGAAGACAAAGGAGAUGACUAGCCCCGAGAUGUACAUCGCUGAGGAAAUCAACGUCGAGUUCAAGGAGUCUCUUCUUUCUCGUGUGGGCUUGAAAGGCACCAUCUUUCUCCGAACACUGCCACCGAAAAAGGCUUCUGGGAAGGAGACGGAGUUCUCUUUCCGACUCGAAGGCACAUCCUGCAUCAAGAGGGCUGCGCUGCAAAGUUCUCGUAUAAGCAGCCUCGAGAACGGGUUGUUUCACGUCAGAACUCCAUCCAUGGAAGAACCCAUUCCUCUUCUUCUAUAUAGCUUGCAGCCUCGAUCGACCCCAAUACCACUGAGGAUUCGCCUUGUGAAGCGCCACACUGGAAAACUUCUCAGAGCAAUGAUACAAUAUGUAUCCAACCCAUCGUUGCUCACGCCAUUGACCAACGUAACGUUUACCUUGAAGCUUCCUGUAGAGCCGACGCUGCUUGAGGUAGCGCCAAAGGCAAUCCGUGCAGAGAGGGAGAUCAGGUGGCACAUCCCUGAUAUCCCUCCCAAGGGUGCUCCAGGCCGGUUGAGAGCAAGAAUGCCAGUCGAUCAGGAUUCGGCAGAAGGUGAACUUGAAGUUGUCGGGAUGGUGAAGUUCUCUGUUGAAGGAGCUACAACGCUGUCAGGCAUAUCUCUGAGACCAGUUUCGGAUGGCAUUGCAAACUUCAAUGAGGUUAGCCAUUUUUUUGCUAGUGGAACAUACAUAUGCUGUUGAUCAGCAUCAAAAGCUCACUUUGUGAUUGCUUACAUUCGUUUGUUCCACAACCAUUUAUCGAGUUGCUGAGCAUGAUGGAGUUGCAGAUGCAAUAAUUCAGUAUUUGGUAUAUGUGAUCCAACUACCUCCCUUUUUAUAAGCAAGUUUUCUUCUGGCUUUGUUAUCCUAUGGAGCUUUGUGUACUAUCUCUGAAACAUUGAACAGUUUUAAGAAAAUAUUUCUCUGGAUUUGAUCUUUGGAAAUUUUCUGCAUUUUAAA